UUGGCCGUCGCCCAAGGCCCCAACACGCCUGUGUGCCCGACGGCAACGCGGACGAUCCAGAACCGCGGAUGCCACAAAUCAUGCGCCCUCUCCGACUGCACGUUCCAGACAACGAUCCUGAACCCGUGCGACUGCCCACGCACGCUCCCCACCGCGACUCUCAUCGCGCCGUGCGAGGCCGACUGCCCCUACCAGGGAUGCAGCAUCGACUUCCGCACCUUCGCGCUGCCUUGCCCGACCAUCCCAUCCACCACCACCACCACCACCUCGACCCGGCACUGGCCAUGGCCGCCAACAACAACAACAACAACCUCCAAGACAACGACGACGACGACGUCCCCGACGGGCGUCAUCACAAGCAUCGUCACGCUCCCGACCAAGACCACGCGCACGCCGUGCCCGACCGUCACCCACACCACCAGCCCGGCCGACUGUCCGGCGCUGCGGUGCCCCGUGCCGACCUGCCGGGUGCAGUCUAGCCUGGUGGUGCCGUGCGGCUGCACGCCCAAGACGCUGCUCUACGUGACGGGGUGCGCGACGGCGUGCCCGGACGGCUGCCUCACGCGCACCGAGACGAUUAGU